GUUUUCUGACAGCAACUGAACUGCAGCUCCCCUGUCACGCUUUGAAACGCUGUCUGUCUCUGCACAAGUAUUCGGACAUUUACCAAGACUGAAAAUCCCGUCUCUUCGCAAACUUGCAUCGAUUGUAUUUACCGGGGACAGUCGGUAAAAGGCGCAACCGAGUGUCCCUUGACUCACCACAGGGGCCAUGGCCUUCCUUGGGAGCGCAGUUUGGCGGGUGGUGUCAGCAGUUCGGCCUCCUCUCUCUCCCUUGUGCCGGGCAACAACUCGAUCCUACAGCUCAGAUCCCACUUCGGAAAAAAGUGUUCCCUAUGAGAAGACACUCAAACAAGAGGUUGGCUCCUCCUCUGGACCGACAAAGCCUUUACCCAGGUCAGCAGAUGCAGUGGUGAUCGGAGGAGGUAGUCUGGGCUGUCAGACCAUCUACCACCUGGCUAAAAUGGGGAUGACCAACGUAGUUCUGCUGGAGAGAGACAGACUGACUGCUGGCACCACCUGGCACACUGCAGGCCUGCUGUGGCAGCUCCGUCCCAGUGAUGUUGAGGUUGAGCUCUUAGCCCACACCAGAAAUGUAAUCAGCAAAGACCUGGAGGAAGAGACGGGCCUCCACACGGGCUGGAUCCAGAACGGAGGACUCUUCAUUGCCUCCAACAAACAAAGACUGGACGAGUACAAGCGCCUCAUGUCGCUGGGAAAAGUGUAUGGUAUCGAGUCCUACGUUCUAUCCCCUGCAGAGACCAAGGACCUGUAUCCCCUGAUGAACGUUGAUGAUCUGUAUGGAACCCUGUAUGUACCAAAAGAUGGCACCAUGGACCCAGCAGGCACCUGCACCACCCUGUCCAGAGCUGCCACCGCCAGGGGAGCCAUGGUGAUUGAGAACUGCCCUGUGAGUGGUAUCCAAGUGCGGACUGAUGACUUCGGUAUUAAGAGGGUUAAGGCAGUGGAGACCCCUCAUGGGACCAUUGAGACAUCUUGUGUGGUAAACUGUGCCGGUGUGUGGGCCACCAAGCUGGGAGAAAUGGCUGGAGUUAAGGUUCCUCUUGUUGCGAUGCAUCAUGCCUAUGUGGUGACAGAGAGAAUUGAAGGCAUACAGAACAUGCCGAAUGUCAGGGACCAUGAUGCAUCAGUGUACCUGCGCCUCCAAGGUGACGCCCUUUCUGUGGGUGGUUAUGAACAGAAUCCCAUCUUCUGGGAUGAGGUGUCCGAUAAGUUUGCCUUCAGCCUGUUUGACCUGGACUGGGAUGUAUUCAUGCAACAUAUUGAGGGUGCCAUCAACAGAGUUCCUGUUCUGGAGCAGACUGGCAUCAAAUCCACCGUCUGUGGACCAGAAUCAUUCACAGCCGACCAUAAGCCUCUGAUGGGAGAGGCCCCGGAGGUCAGAGGUUUCUUCUUGGGCUGUGGCUUCAACAGUGCUGGCAUGAUGCUCGGAGGUGGUUGUGGACGAGAACUGGCUCACUGGAUCAUACAUGGCCGCCCUGAGAAGGAUAUGUACGGUUAUGACAUCAGGCGUUUCCAUAACUCGCUGACAGACAACCCAAAGUGGAUCAGAGAGAGGAGCCACGAGUCGUAUGCUAAAAACUACUCUGUGGUGUUCCCCUUUGAUGAGCCGCUGGCCAGCCGCAACAUGAGGAAGGACCCUUUUCAUCAGGUGCUGACGGAGCAGGGCUGUGUGUUCCAGGAGAGGCAUGGCUGGGAGAGACCUGGCUGGUUCAACAAAGAUGGGGCCGCUCCUGUUAAAGACUACGAUUACUAUGGGGCUUAUGACAUUAAGAAGAAUGAGAACUACAAAUACAACGAGUUGCUGGGUAAAGAGUACACCUUUGACUUCCCUCCACAUCAUGAUGUGAUUAAGAGUGAGUGCCUCGCAUGCAGACAUGGCGUGGCAGUGUUCGACAUGUCCUACUUUGGAAAGUUCUAUCUGACAGGACCAGAUGCCAAGAAGGCGGCUGAUUGGCUGUUCACCGCUGAUGUCAACAAGAAGUCGGGCUCCACUGUGUAUACCUGCAUGCUGAAUAGGGGAGGAGGGACGGAGGCUGACCUGACAGUGAGCAGACUGGAACCUGGUGUCUCCAACCUGCCCCUGGCCCCACAGUCCAAUGGUGAUGCAUACUACCUGGCCAUUGGAGGUGGCGUGGCAGAACACAACUGGAACCACAUCAGAACCGUUCUUCAGGACGAAGGCUUCAACUGCCAGCUGACGGACCACUCUGAGGACAUGGGGAUGAUCAGCAUCCAGGGACCUAAGAGCCGAGAGGUGCUGCAGGAGGUGUUGGACGCCGACCUGAGCAACGAAGCUUUCCCCUUCUCCACCCACCAAGUUGUCAAUGCAGCAGGGCAUCAGGUGCGGGCUAUGCGUCUGUCGUUUGUCGGAGAGCUCGGCUGGGAGCUGCACAUUCCCAAAGACUCUUGCCUUCCAGUCUACCAUGCUGUCAUGGCUGCUGGUGCAAAGCACGGCAUCAUCAACUCAGGCUACAGGGCCAUAGACUCGCUCAGCAUAGAGAAGGGCUACAGGCAUUGGCACGCAGACCUUCGCCCUGAUGACACACCCCUAGAGUCAGGGUUAGGCUUCACCUGCAAAAUGAAGAGCUCCAUCCCCUUCCAGGGCCGGGACAGGCUAGAGAAACAGAAGGCAGAGGGGCUGAGGAGGCGCAUCGUCUGCUUCACCAUUGAUGAGAAAAUACCCUUGUUUGGUUUGGAAGCAGUUUUCCGUAACGGCACUCCUGUUGGUCACUUACGUCGUUCAGACUAUGGCUUCUUUGUUGACAAAACUAUCGGAUAUGGAUACAUCCGCAACCCUGAUGGAGGAGUGGUGAGUGCCGAUUUCAUAAAGAGCGGCGAGUUUACCCUGGAGAAGAUGGGAGUGACGUACAAGGCCAAGGCCCAUCUUAAAUCUCCAUUUGACCCUCAGAAUAAACGCGUCAAGGGCAUCUAUGAUUGAGAAGGACCACAUGUGAAAACUGAAGAAAACACUGGUUGGAGAAUGAGAGUUGCCGCAGCUUACAAAUAUUAUGCAUUAUAGCGUUGAUGGAUAGAUUAAAUGUGAUUGGAAAGAACUGGAGGGGAUAAAAUAAACCUUUAUAGAUCAAAAAUGUAUUUCAAAAUACAAAAGAAGUGCUAAUUUAAGUUAGCUAGUUAAGCUUUACAUUUUGAGCCCGCUCUGGGUUUGAGAGCAACACUUUGUUAUCUUGUGAAGGCCCUCAUGUGAGAAGUAUUCCUAUGAAGACAAAUAAUAGACGUGAACUUAUCUCUGCUCCGGUAGUCAAAGACAAUUUCCAAUAAACCUGGAAGAAGACCCUCGCGUGAUCCUGCUAACUUUGAAUAAGCCUGUUCUUUCAUCUGGAUCGCUUUUAAGUACUUAAAUAACACAUGCUUGUUUUGUUUUUUUUAAAUAGAAAAUAAACUGAACAAUAUUUGCUCAAACAUCAUUCAGUUUUUAAGCCUUAACACUAGAUUACUUAGGGAAACUCCUUUACGUCUAGUUAAUACUGGGAAUUCUCUGAAGUAAAGUUCUGUUAUAUUUAAUGUUUCAUUUAUCCUAUGAGGCCAUAGUGUCCCAUAUUUGGGAAUCAAAGCAUUUCCAAACUACACACAACCCCUUCUGGCAGUUUGAGUCAGAUUACAGUGACUGAUGUUGUUGCUGACAACAUUGACUAAAACAGAUUUCCACUCUGCUGCAUGGUAUCUAAAUAUUAGGCAGACAGAGUGUUUAUCAAAAAAAAAAAAAACACCCUGCGGCAUAUUUUAUCCAGCCAGGGAGGAAAAACUGCUGGUUACUGGAUAAAGAAAAGUUAUCAGAAAGCAGCUGUUACAGAAAGAGUCUUUGUUUGCUGAACCCCCCUCCUCCCCGUCGUUGCUGUCCUAUUCUGCUCCGUACUGCCGUCGCUGCUGUUUGCAAACUCAAUUCUUUUAAGUUUGUUUCUUACCAAAUGCCAUUGUCAUUAAAUAAGACUUAUCUUCCAAUCCAGGCGCUUAUUUUUUGUUGUUCUGCCGCGAAAUCAUACCCAACAAUUUGAGUAUCUGCAGGAGGCGAUAGCGCAUUUAUCAUCGCCUUGGCCUUUUAAAACUCCAAAAUGUGAACUUGGUACAAUGGACAUGUCAGUUUGACAGGACUUUUUUUUUUUGAUUUCUUGUCAUUCAAAUGCAAAUUUAGCUAAUUGAACUAGCUACAUGUGAAAUCUCACUCAGUCUACACAUUGACAGUGUAUGUACAUGUAUACACUGUGUGUGUACUGCUAGCAGGUCAGCUCCUCGUUUGUAUUUUACAAAUGUUAUGUCUUAAGGCUAACUACAAACAUUUUUCUUUUUGACAUGACUUUUGACACCUGUGCUUUCAUCCUCUUUCACCAACAGUUCAUGCCAAAUAAUAAACUGUGAACAGCACAUCAAACAUGUGUGACAGCAGGAAGUAAUUUGUGUGUACAGUAUGUCUACUACUUGCCUCCAAUUUGUGUGGCUGCACGUUCGGCACAAAAUGUUUACUAAUGUGGAAUGAUUAAUUGAUUCAGCCCAGAAGGCCAUUAAUCAUUGAAUUGGUUGUUCUGAGCAGUGGCUUGGGUUAAUAACAAGAUUUAUUUUGGAAAUUUGAAACAGACUGACAGAAACUAUCACCACUGGUCCUCUACACGACAAGUCCACAGGUCUUUUUACCCUUAUUAAGUUUACAGAAAUUGUCUUUCUAUGAUGUGAAUACUACAAAAGGACUGACGAUAGAAAGCAGGUGAUUCUUAAAUGCAAAAUGUCUUAAGUGAAUUGUUUUAUUGUUUAACUUGUAAAAUGAUUGUUAAAUCCGACUUAUUUAAUCUGUCCAAAGCAUUUUGUGUAUUAUUAAAUCCCUUUUUGUCUGCCAA